AUGAAGGGUGUUUAUUUCGUCAUCCUUUUCUACUUAUUCAAAGUUGCUAUUUCUGAUGAGGAUCUCAAAGUGGCUUGCAUAACUCAAUAUUUAAAAGAGCAAGGACGUUUAGAUGAAGAUUUUCCAGAAUCAAAUAAAAAUGAAUGUGCUUUGGUGCUUCCUAUCGUUUUCCCAAUUUUAAAAGAUAGAUUUGCAACAAAGAUGUCGGAAAUUAAAUCUGAAUGUGUUUCAACGCAAUUGAAAACAGAUGGACUUGUGGACUAUCUAAUGAAGGAAGAAAUAAUCAAGAAUCUUACCGAGUUCUCUGCUCAAGAAGUCACAAAGAAGCUUGAUGAUACAAGACAAAUAAUCAGAAAUAUAUUAGAAAAUGCUGCUGAAGUGUGUGGAAGCGAAAUAACAUAUGAAGAUAUUCAUGAUAAAUAUUUGCUUAUUAUGAACGAAACCAAAGCCAUAGCAAUGUACUGCAUGCUCACACUUGUCAUCGAUACAGGAAUCAUUGACGUUGGUAACCUUGAAAUAAAUCCAUCAAACAUCGACACAACAAAAAUUGAAUGUGAAUCUGUUUUAAACGCAGCCAGAAUUAAUGUUGCAAGAGUUGUGAAAAAAGAGUUUAAAAAUCAGAAUAUGCCUCAAUGUACAAUGAACUGCGCCAUGAGAGUGUACAGAAGAAACAAAAUGUUUGAAAACUCAAUUGCGAUGGCAUUUUCGGAAAAGCUCGAUAUAUCCCCAGAAAUAAACGAGCGAAAUAAGGAAAACAUUCAAGCUAGAAUAGAAUUUUUUUCUAAAGGAAUCAUUCGAUGUUUUUUAAAAAAUUAA